CUCAUUUAACAAUUCGAUAUCAUCCUUAACUUCUUCUAGCUCUGCGGCUUUCGGCAACGAUAUGAGUCCACAGAACAGCAUCCCCGGUUUCCUCAAACCACCCUCCGAACUACACAUUGGAGCCCUCAAUCUCUUCACCCCUCCCUCUUAUUGACCAACAAGCUUCAUUGACCAAAACCCUAGUAAAUCGGACCAUGGAUGUGUGCAGUGUUUGUAAGACAUGCAUACAGGACCCAAGUAUUAUCAUUCACUUAACUUCUCCCUGCCAGUAUGGUGAAUCCGAAAAAUUCACCAUUCGAGUUUCUGGAGAUUCGAUGGCUAGCUCUCGCGGUCUUGCAGGUGUAGGUAUAGCAUUAAGCACUAGGGCAGAAAACUCACUGCUAGAUUGGGUCAUAGUUGACAGUCGUCUGUGCGCUAUCCAGCUGAACAGCACAGUGAAAAAUGAAAGGAAUAGUGGAACUCGUCGUUGUCUCUUUGUAAUCUCUGCUUACGCACCCACUGACUGGAGUUCGGAUGAAGUGAAGGAUGAGUUCUACCGAAAACUAUCUAGCUUCCUACUGAGAGCCAAACGUUCAGAUGUGGUUGUUGUUGAGGGUGAUUUCAUUGCACACAUGGGUAAACUGAGUGAGGCGGAAAGGCACUUAGUGGCAUUUUUGGAAUCCCGAUUGAUCGAACAGACAACGAUCACCACCCACUACAACUGUGCUCACAUAACCACUCAUUCCUAGCUAGCACAAACUUCAGACAUAAAUAA